ACCUAUUUUAUUUUGUUAACCUUUAUUUCAUUUAAGUUGUAUUAAUUAUAUUAUUUUAUGAAAUGACGCACCCUAACAGCGAUGACGCUAAAUCACUAUUGCAGAAUCCCUUUCAAAGCAUGGACAUUGCGGACAAUUCCAUCUUAGACACUAUCAAUGGUCGAUAUAUCUGUGGGAAUUGCUUCAAGUCGAGGAAGUUCUUUUGCUACACUUGCUUCACGCCACAUCCAGAACUAGAAAAGACAAUCCCUAAAGUUAAAUUGCCAAUAAAAGUGGAUAUAAUAAAACAUAAGAGAGAAAUUGAUGGCAAAAGUACUGCUGCUCAUGCAGCUAUUUUAGCUCAGGAAGACAUCAGGGUAUACACCUAUCCAGAUAUACCAAGUUAUGAUAAUGAGAAGGUUGUGUUAAUAUUUCCAAGCCACACAGCUUUGGAAAUUCCACAGUUGUUUGAAAAUACAAAAUCUGAUUUGAAUCAAAUCCAAUCAGAUUUUGAUUAUGAAUGCCCAAAGGGAAUUCACAAAACAACUUUGCUAACAAGUAUACCUGCUUCCUACAGUAAAAAUGAUUGUGAUAUUAAUUUUGUUGAAUCUACUGAACUGCCAAUUACUAAAGCUGUGUUUAUUGAUAGCACUUGGAAUCAAAGUAAAGGAAUUUACAAGGAUGAGAGGAUAAGAAAGCUGCCCUGUGUGGUGCUGCAAAAUAGGAUUUCGCAGUUUUGGAGGCACCAGAAGGGCAGUCCUAGGUGGUAUUUGGCCACUGUUGAGGCAAUACACCAGUUUGUUGUGGAAGUGCAUUUGAAUGCAUGGGGUUAUAAAGCAGAUUAUGCGGGAUUAAAUUGCUGUUUCACGGAGAAUAGUUUAGAAAAAUACCAGAAGUUGGUUUCCAAUUCUCAGAGGGCGUAUAGCGGACAAUAUGAUAAUUUAUUAUAUUUUUUCCAGCACAUGUAUAAAUUGAUACACACUUACUAUGACCAUGAUAAUUUAUAUGCAUAUAAAAGGCGAAUGUUAUAA